CCCUCUCCUCCUCUCCUCUCCUCCUCUCCUCCUUCCUUUCCCCUCUCCUUCCUCUCUUCCUCUCUCUCCUCUCCUCCUCCACCCCCUCUCCUCUCCUCUUCCUCCCUCCUUCCCCUCCUUCCUUUCCUCUCUCCUCCUUCUCCUUCCCAUCCCAUCUCCUCUCCUCUCCUUCCCCUCUCCUCUCCUCUUCCUCCCUCCUUCCCCUCCUUCCUUCCCCCUCUCCCCCUUCUCCUUCCCUUCCCAUCUCCUCUUUCCCCAUUCGUCCCCUCCUACAUAUUACAUUUAACUAAUACCCAAUACGUUAGUACUAUACUGUCUGGUCUCCAUGCUGUCGUGUUGUAUGUGGUAAUGGGAUCGACUUACGGAGACAGACACUAG